AAGAACCGACGAGCAGGGAGUUCCCUGUCAUUGAGUCUUGAGAGUACCUAGUGGAAAUGAUCCAUGUUUCAAGAACACCAGAGUUCUCUAAUUGUGGGACCAUGAAUUUAGAUGGAUCUUCGAUGGAAACAGCUGUGGAACAAGACCAGAGUUCUGCAGCUUUCCAUAGGAGACCCAGGUCCCAUUCCUACCACAGCCCAGACGACAACAAGAACUACUUACGGGCAGAAGCCGAAGAGAAUGUCACCAGGCCUCGUACUAGGUCUUUCUACAUCUUUGAGGAAACGGAAGUACCUUCUGGGGGAAACUUUACUAGGUCGAACGCCCUGAGACCAAGGGCUAAUUCUCUGUUGCAUUUUGAGGCUGCGAAGAAAGAGAAGAGUCCAGAUGGAGCCUUGUCUCGGCUCCUCUCCAAGAAGGCUAAAAAGUCGAAGCCCAUCAAGCACUCCUCUUGCAGGGAUCUAGAUGGCAGCCGGGGAAGUCUCAAGGGUGUCCCCAUGAUGACCAUCUCCGAAUCAGACAACUGGGAGAUAAGCUGUUGCUCAGGGAUGAAGUACGGCCAGUUUGUGGACUGGGAGAAGAUCGACCCAGAGGCAGCUGGGCGCUACCAGAAGAUCCUGAGCGUUGAACACCAGGAACUGAAGACCAUGGGCCGAUCGGGGUUCUGGGCCAUGCCUCACACUCUGAGAGCCAAGGCUUACUACCACAUAAUACAUGGCAUCAAUUCAAGGUCCAUCACCUCACAGAGAGAUGUUUACCAGGAUGUGUCAAAGAAGCUUUUUGGGGAGCAGAAGAUGACCACACACCCUUUUCCAGAAUACAUGGAAGAUGGUGGUAUUCCCAGGUAUUGCCUCAACAAAGCAGGCCUAAACUCAGUCAAGAAGAUCCUCCUCUGCAUCGGCAAAUAUUUCCCCGACAUCAACUUCUGCCCAAUCCUACCCGCCCUGGUCUCUCUCCUGCUACAUUUCAGCGAAGACGAAGCAGAGUGUUUCCACAGCAUCUGUCGCCUCAUCUCCUACAAAGACCCCAACAAACGUUACAUUGACCAGACCUUCCUCACUUACCGAGCCUCCUGCAUGACCUUUGGCGACCUUGCCAACAAGUACUGUCGUGGCAUUCGCAAACUCAUCGCUAGUUCCCACCAGAACCUCUUUGAGUUCUACUCUGACUGGAUCAUGUGGAUCUUCGCUGACCUUCCGUUCACCUACGCCAUCAGAGUCCUGGAUGUUUACCUGCUGGAGGGGUACAAGGUUCUUUACAGGGUGGCGCUGGCCCUACUCAGCUUGUACAAGGUGUCGGUUUCAUCGCGUGUGGCGGACGUAGAGGAUUUCAGGAGGGACAUGAAGAGCUUUGUGGAGAGUGUGGCACGCCACUGUUCCAUAGAGAAGCUUCUGGAAAGGGCCUUCAGCAUCCAAAUGGCCACCAGGAGGGAGCUCAAUCUGCUCUUCAAUGCCAACAAAGACUCACUCAUGCAAAAGGGUGUCAGCAUUCAUCAGAAGAGGCAAGCAGUCCAAACGGUGGACUUUGGAAACUUCAAAUCAAGUGUUGUGACGGGCACAGAGAUGAGAAUUGUCUGGGCCUGGAUCCCAGAACGCUUUGCCCUCUUUGAACCUAUGAGGCUGUUCAGCACAGAUGAACAUGUCCGAAGUCUGUCUUCAGUUUUCUCCCAUGUUGAAGGACAUGAGCCUGCUGUACUGCUUCUCAAAACAGUGGAUGAAGAGGUGUGUGGUGCUUUCCUGUCGACCGAUUUAUUAGAGCGGAAAAGACUUGACUCAGAGGGACUUCAAUAUUUUGGGACUGGAGAAAGUUUCGUCUUUACGCUACGGCCGGGCAUGGAGCGUUACCAAUGUGCUUUGGUCCGGAUCAUGUCCCGGAGGCGUCCCUCUCAGGAUAUCUCCUCUGCUGGCACCCCCCACAACCCCUGCCUGACAUGCCCCUUCAACACCCCCUCAGAAAGAUCCCUAUCUAUCUUGCCCAAGAGUACCAAAGUACAGGGAGCCUCCAGAUUCAUUGCAGGAGACAACGAGAAGCUGGUCAUUGGAGGCGAUGGGGGUCAUGCCAUCUACCUGCAUGAAGACUUGCAAGAGGGGUACACAGAGCGGUGUGACACCUUUGAGAGCGCUCCUCUCUGCAAAGGACAUUUCAAGAUUCAGUCUUUGGAAGUGUGGGGAAUCCAGAACGCUAUUUCCUUCUCACACUAUUUCACUCAUUGAAGACAUUGACAGACCUUUGAUGUCAAGUUACGCCAAAACGCUGUAUUUUGCUGCCUCUGACGUUCACUUUAUGUUUGUUUUCAUUCCAUUAUGUCUGUUGUGGCUAUAUUUUCCAUGAACUGUAGGUUUAUGUUAGGUAUACGAGUGACAUUGUGACACGCAAAAUGUGUAUUGUACAGGAGGAAUAUGUUUUUAUAGUAUUUUCUAAACCUGUCACUGGUCAAUGUGAUAUUUUGUAAUAUAUCUGAAUUAAGUGUUAAAAACGGCAUGCUAUUAAAAUUAUUAUAAGGAUUGUUAACUAUCUACAUGAGUAUUUGACAAGUAGUAUAAAUAAAGCAUUACAACUGUAAGUCUCAA